UUUUAUUUCGAAUUAUCUUGCACCUUCUUUUUAGUAUUUUUUACACUAUCGUAUCAAAAAACCUUUUUUAUAUUUUCAAUAAUACACAAUAAACACGAGCGUAACUAACGUUUACGUUGCCAACGUUAAAUGUUCUAAGGCUAACCACGAAUAACCGACGAUUACCAGCGACAGCGAAGUCGAACCCUUCAAAAAAUAACAAACGAAAAAAACAGACUAAAACGCCUGCCAACCAAGCAGCGCACAACAAUAAAUUGCCGAAAAUAACGGAGCGCACAACUUUAAGGAAGUUACCAAGCAGCCCGCUCGCGAACUAGUCCGUAUCACCACGAAGUGUUAGCGGCAACUUUUUGCACCUGUUCCAGGCUUACAACAACAAUAACAGAACCGCAUAAGCAGUAACUCCCCAUUUUCAGGCUUAGCACUCUUCAAGGCGUCACAACUUAGUAAUGUCGGAAACUAAUAAACUUGAUAAUCUGAAAUCGCUGGAUGAAAUAAUUUAUCCAGAAAUCGAACCUGGCAUAAUAAGUAAACAGAUGAUAGACAAAGCUUACCUGGAAGAUGGUAAACAAGGCGAAGCUGCACGUCUACAUCAAAUGGAACCAGUGGUGUAUGAGCGCAUCUCUGUGCUAAGACUGGAGUUUAAGAAUAUUUUACGCAUAGACCACCUAUGGAUCAUGCCAAAUUUAACGAAGCUUUCUUUGAAUUGUAAUAAAAUCGAAGUUAUUGAACACAUUGAUAUGUUGACUGCACUGAAAGAACUCGAUUUAAGCUUCAAUUACAUCGAACGUAUUGAAAAUAUUGAAAAACUUAUUAAUCUGGAAGUACUCUCACUUUUCAAUAAUCAAAUAACGCAAAUUCAAAAUUUGGAUACUUUGGAGAAACUGGUGAUACUAAGUUUGGGCAACAAUAAAAUCGGCUCAACCAAAGGGAUCGAAAGAUUUCGGUUUUUGAAAGAUCUACGCGUGCUCAAUCUGCAGGGUAACCCCAUAUCAAGAUCAGCGCGUUUUCAAAUGGAUCUUUAUGUAGCAGCCGUGCUGCCUGAUGUUAAAUAUUACGAAUAUAAAACGGUGACAGAAGAGAUGCGACACAAGGGUCGCGAAAAAUAUUAUCGUGAAUUACGCGAGAUUGAAGCGAAUGAGGAGAAGGAAAUACUAGCGCGUGCCGCAAAGGCUAAGGAGGAAUAUGAUGAAAAGCGUUUGGCUUCCAGUUUUGUAGAAUAUCUCAAUGAACAUCAGUUGUACGAAUCUUUGUGGAAAGGCGAUGAAGAUGGCUAUGCACUGCUGCGAAUUGGUCAGCCCGCUACUGACUUAGCCGAGGAAUAUGAUAACGAUAUGUAUGACGUGACGCAGGAGAUUUACAAGUAUGGCUUAGAACGCUUUGAGGAACGUGAAUUGGAAAUUAAUGAAUUCAAAGAAAAUUUGGAAGAAGGCCAACUACUAAUACAACAAAUGGGACAAGAAGUCAUCGAAGAGUUUCUACGUCACAAGGAGCUUGUAUUUGAGCGUGCAACAGCUGUACUAAAAGCACUGGAGCUGCGUACACUACACGGUGAAGAUGAAGAAUCGCCCGAGAGCUUAGAGCUAGUGGAUCAAUUUGAUAAAAUUACUAUGCAAUUUGAUGAUACCAUCAAUGACGUAUGGCAGCAGCUCAUGAGUCAAGAACUGCAUCUGCAUGAAAGCAUAGAGGAAUCUACAGUAAAUUUUCAACGGCGCAUACAAGAGAUGAUGGCAAAAUUUGUGGAGCAGGUGCAAACAUAUUUCGGCCAAUUGCGCGAUAUCGCUAUACACUUUUCGGAGAAUAUGUCUGAAGUGUCCACACAUUACAUCAACACCAAAUUGGCAUUGCAGGAUUUUGAAGAUGUACCACCAGAACUGUUGCAUUGUAUGGAAGAUCGUGAAGCUAUACUCAAUCUGAUAGCCGGUAUGAAAGACGCACACAUACAGCGCAUUGAUGAGCGUGAAGAUCGUUUGAUGGUACGAAGCAGAGAUUUCAUCGAAAAUAUGAUUGAUGAAUUGAACAAUGCCGAGUUGGAACGCAACAGAGCCAAGAUACUCGAAAUCAACUCCUUCCUCGAGCUAAUGUCCGAAUCACUGGCUUCACUUCACACUGAAAUUCGCGAAGCCAUAAUGAAUGAUGAAGCGUAAAAUAUAAAGAAUAUAAUUUAAAAUUUAUUUUUUUAACAAAACAUUAUGUAUUAUAAUUUCACCGAAAAUUUCACUUAUAUGUAUGUAUAUAAAUAUAUAUUUUUAUCAAAUCACUAUUCACUUAUAUAUUAUAAAAACGGGUAUAUGUAUUAAGGCCGCGUAGAACUUUUCCACGCGCUUUAUUUCUUCGAUUUAUUUUUUAAUUU